AUGGAGGAUUCGAAUAGAGAGGUGCAGCAAAUUUUACAGAAAACAGUGACUGCGCAAAGGAAGGAUUGGUCUGAUAAACUAGAUGAUGCAUUGUGGGCAUAUAGGACUGCAUAUAAGACACCAAUAGGGACUUCUCCCUAUCACAUAGUAUUUGGGAAAGCCUGUCACCUUCCGGCGGAAUUAGAACAUCAAGCAUAUUGGGCAAUCAAGAAGUUGAACUUAGACCCCGAGCUAGCCGGUAAAGAAAGAGUGAAUCAGUUGCAUGUACUUGAGGAGUUUAGGCUCCACGCAUAUGAGAAUGCUAAGCUAUACAAAGAAAAGACGAAGAGAAAACUAAGGUUGAAGUGGAGUGGUCCUUUUGAAGUGGUCAGAAUGACGCAAUAUGGGGUUGAUGAACUUAAAGGUAAGACUGGCCUUACUUUCUUGAUCAAUGGGCAAAGGGUGAAACACUAUUUCGGUAAAGAUGCAGAUCAUGAUCGGGAAGCUCUUGAUCUAAAUGAUGAAUGA